AUGCUGUGCCCCAAUGGAUGCGAAGGGAAUGCCGACGUAAGUCGAGCCACCGGGUGGUUGCUGGCAUCGUUGUGCAGAUUUGCCGAUGCCAAGGCGCUGACGCGUGUGGCCUGUGUGUUUCGUUUGGGCAACUCCACUGAAGAACUUUACGCCUUUGAUGCUGCAGCUCGGACCUGGGGGGUGAAGUGCCGUUGGUUCUUGGGCUUGGCCUCAGCUUCUGUGGCCGAAGACGCCCGGAGGAUUGUGAACGGAAGCAGAGCUCGAGUCCUUGAAGCGCUUCCGGGUCCUUCACCCUUGGAGGUGCUGCUGCAUGCGUAUCGGCUACGUGGUGCUUUUCCUGGUGGCCCUCCUCUCCUUGCGUGUAGUCUCACAGAUACGCAGAGCUCUCAGCAUUUUUGCUGCACGGCUACACCUUCCAAGAGUAAGGCAAGACUUGCCCUUUUCGGCGAUGUGUGGAUCAAGGCUUCUGUGCCAAGUGAGCACGUGCGUUGCGGCUACCUCUUUGCGUCCAACGACCUGAAGAGGUCUGUGCCCUUGGUGGUCCAGGUCCCGUGGGCCGAUGCCCAGUGGGUCCGAGACCACGGUACCCUACAGCACUUCAUGUCAGGGGAGCAGCAGGACAUCAUAGCCAGAGCCCUGGAGCUGUCUUCGCCUUCGGUCUAUUCGCGAACCUUUACGCUGCUUGGCCGCUGCCUUCUUCAUGGUGCCGGGAGGAUUCUCCCAUUGCAGCACGUGGCUACCCGCUACCUGCCAAAGGUCUAUACGUCACCCAUUGCCAAGACGCAGGCCUGUGCAGAGGCGGUGGAUGUCCUGGUUGGCCAAUACAUUGCUGCCAAGUUGAAGGUGGCAACUCCAAAUGAGACGCUGGACGAACAGAAUUUUCAGCGGAUUGUUGGUACAGAUCACAUGCGGCAGUGGUACAAACACCGCGUGGCCUAUGCAAUGAUGGAGGAACAAGAACGCCUACAAGGCUGGAAGUAUGACUUAGUGCUGAAGUUGCGGACGGACGUGGAAAUCGCCCGUCCACUGAGCUUGGCGGACUUCCCCGAGGUGGCGACCGCGCGGGUCAUUUACAGCGCGGGGGAUAUUGUGUUCUUCUGCAAUCGGGAGGUCGCUCAUAUUCUGUUUGAUGAUAUCCUGCAGAAGCUGGCAUCUCGAGCUGGAAACGAACGCAAGCUGCUGCCCCUCAACUAUGGCCGGAUCUUGCGAACUGGAGAAGGAAAUGCUUUGCCUUUGCAGGUUUUUCCAGACGUUGGGAAAGAGCUGCGAGACGCGCUUGUUGGCAACCAGGGCCGAGGCCUUUUGAUCUCCGCCAUUCGCAAGCAUCGUGCAUCCCUGGAAGCAGCGCAUCUUCGGGCGGAAUCUGAGGAUGUGCCCAUCUUCAGUGGUCAUUGGAGGUUCCGCAACGAUACCAAGCAGUACCAGUACUGGAAGAAGACGAACCGAAUACCACGCGAUCAUGAGAUGUGCUCGAUGAGGCAUUGGUUCUAUCACGUGCACCAAGCUGAGCCCGAAGUCCUGAUGAGAGGAUGGAGCGGUUCACCCUUGAAACUCUCCAAGACCAGGCAUUACCAGCAUUGCAACUGCGAGCCCCCAACGUGCAUCCCCGAUGGUUGGCCAGUGCCAUGGCCAGCGAAUCCACCUCGGACGUGA